AUGGAAAGUGCCAACCAGACAGCCUCUGUGACAGAGUUCAUCCUCCUGGGCCUCUCUGCCCACCCGAGGCUGGAGAAAACGUUCUUUGUGCUCAUCCUGCUCAUGUACCUGGUGACCCUGCUGGGCAACGGGGUCCUCAUCCUGGUGACCAUCCUUGACUCCCGCCUACACAAGCCCAUGUACUUCUUCCUGAGGAACCUCUCCUUCCUGGACAUCUGUGACACAACCUCCUCAGUCCCCCUCAUUCCUGAUAGCUUCCCGACCCCCAGGAAAACCAUCCCCUUCUCAGCCUGUGCUGUGCAGAUGUUCCUCUCCUUUGCCAUGCGGGCCAUGGAGUGUGUGCUGCUGGGCAUGAUGGCGUUUGAUCGCUGUGUGGCCAUCUGCAACCCCCUGAGGUACCCCGUGGUCAUGAGCAAGGCUGUCUAUGUGCCCAUGGCUGCCAGCUUCUGGGCAGCUGGAAGUGCUGCCUCCAUGGUUCAAACAUCCCUUGCAAUGAGGCUGCCCUUCUGUGGGGACAAUGUCAUCAACCACUUCACCUGUGGGAUCCUGGCUGUCCUGAAGUUGGCCUGUGAUAACAUCUCCAACAAUGUGAUCAGCAUGGGGGUGACCAAUGUGAUUUUCCUGGGGGUCCCAGUUCUGUUUAUCUUUGUCUCCUACAUCCUCAUCCUCACCACCAUCCUGAGGAUGCCCUCAGCUGAGGGGAAGAAAAAGACCUUCUCCACCUGCUCUGCCCACCAAACAGUUGUGCUUAUCUUCUAUGGGACCAUCCUCUUCAUGUAUGGGAAGCCUAAAUCCAAGGACCCCCUGGGGGCAGAAAACAGGACCUUGCAGACAAGCUCACCUCCCUCUUCUAUGGGGUGGUGACCCCCAUGCUCAACCCCAUCAUCUACAGCCUGAGGAACAAGGAUGUGAAGGCCACCAUGAGAAACCUGGUAAGUCGGAAACACGUCAC